CAUCCAACAGAUGUGGACUAUCGAGUCAUGGCCACCUUCACUGAGUUCUAUACCACCCUCCUGGGCUUUGUCAACUUCCGCCUCUACCAGACACUCAACCUCCAGUAUCCCCCCAAGCUCGAGGGGCCCAGAGAUAAAGACUCCAAAGAUCAGGAUGAUGGGGCCUACGCCAUGGACUCUGAGAGCUGCCUGGAGAAACUAUCAGCUCUGAGUGCCAGCCUGGCUCGAGUGAUGGUGCCCGUCACAGAGGAGGAGGUGGAAAUGGAUGAAUUCCCUGCUGAUGGGGAGAACGCCGAGCAGGAGGAGGGACUGCGGAAGGAGCGGGAAGCCCAGGAGAUGCACAAGAGACUGUUCGAGGGGCUGAAGUUCUUCCUGAACAGGGAGGUUCCCCGGGAGGCCCUGGCCUUCAUCAUCAGGAGUUUCGGCGGAGAGGUGUCAUGGGACAAAUCCGUGUGUAUCGGAGCCACGUACAGUGAGAACGAGCCUUCUAUCACCCAUCACAUUGUGGACCGGCCCACACAGCCCAACCCUGUCCUCGGCAGGUACUAUGUCCAGCCCCAGUGGGUGUUCGACUCUGUCAACGCCCGCCUCCGGCUUCCGGUGGCAGACUACUUCCCAGGGGUGCUUCUGCCCCCCCACCUCUCGCCUUUUGUGACAGAGAAAGAAGGAGACUAUGUCCCCCCAGAGAAGCAGAAACUACUGGCCCUGCAGCGAGGGGAGACCUCCGGAUACGUGAAUGAAUCAGAGGAGGACGAGGAGUCGGAGGAAGACGAGGGGGGAGAAAGUGACGACCAGGAGGAGGAGGAGGAGGAAGAGGAGGAGGAAGGUUCAGAGAAGGAGGAGGAGGUCAAGCUGAAAGUGAUGGAAGAGCAGAGGACGCAGGGAAAGGUAGGAGUGACCAUGGGCACCGUGAAGCUGGAGGACAAGCAUCGCCUGGAGCAGGAGGAGGCCAGCGAGGCCAAGAGGCUGGCCAUCAUGACCAUGAAGAAGAGAGAGAAGUACCUGUAUGACAAAAUCAUGUUUGGCAAAAGGCGCAAAGUGCGCGAGGCAAACAAACUGGCCCAGAAGAGGAAGGCCCAUGAUGAAGCCGUGAAGGCUGAGAAGAAGAAGAACAAGAAGGCACGGAGGGCCUGAGCCCAGCCUGCCUGGGUCCCUGCUCUGGGGUCUUGCCCCAGGCUUGGGCACAAGGAGUUUCUGCCUUCUCUCCCAACCUCCCUGCUUGGCCAGGGCUCAGACUGACUCUCUGGGCGAGGGGCUUCAUGGGGAAUCUUUCGUGGGCUGGGGCUCUCGGCCUUUGCUGAUGUCCUGUUGGGGUUCCAGGCGUGCUGCUCAGUGGAGAGGAUCCUGACCGUGCCCAUAGAAGGCCCGGAGGUGGUCCAGAGGCCCUGUGGCAGCCGAGGGCAGGGUGUCCCCUGUAUCCGGGGCUGCCCCAACUCCACCCUGUGUUCAUAGCCUGAAUCUCUGGGCUUCCCUCCCUCUCAGGCCCGGGACUCACUGAUGCUUACUUUAGGUCUAGAGAAAUGUUUCCAAAUAAAUGUGGAUUGGUGCA